AUGUCGUCGCUUUUCAAUCGUGUCUCGAGCACCCCAACUGCCAUAAACACAACAGCUGCCAAUACAUUUGGUCAAGGUUCAGGUGCGGCAACAGGUGGUUUGGGGGCCAGUGUCGCCGGUGCAUCUAUCUUCGGCCAGUCGACGUCGCAGCAGCCCCCAGCGUCGGCGGGUCUUUUCGGCCAAAAUACCACAACGGCACCAUCAGGUGGUCUAUUUGGCACCACGGCACCGACAGCUACUACGGUUCCAUCUGCUGGAGGGCUCUUCAGCUCCGCUACUACAACAACUAGUGCACCAGCCGCCGGAGGGCUAUUUGGCGGAACUACAACGACCCCAGCGCCAGCUGCUGGAGGGCUCUUUGGUUCAACGCCUGCUACCACAUCGACUGGUGGAGGGUUACUGGGCGUACCUACGGCUACAACAGCCGCGCCGGUCUCUUCUGGUCUCUUCGGAUCAACAACAACACCACAACCAGCCGCUGGAGGGGGACUCUUUGGUGCAGGCUCGGCUACCCCCCAGCCAGCUGCAAGCGGCGGGCUCUUUGGUAACUCAACAACGGGUGGAAUUGGUGGUGGUGGCACUAGCGCUGGUGGGUUAUUCAGCCAACAAGCGUCAAAGCCCAUGCCAACUCUCCUGAGCCAACCUGCAGCGCAACCAAGUACUGGGCUAUUUGGUGCAUCGGCAGUUCAGCAACCCCAGGCGUCUCUUUUCGGACAAACACAAACACAGACUCAAGUGCAACCUCAGGCCGUAGAGAUGAACUUUAGCAAUAUGAGAGGAACAACAAGAUAUGAAGAACUACACGCGGAUGUACGGUCUCUCCUAGAUUUCCUAGACGACUAUGUCCAGAAGGCAAUCGGCAUAUCGCAAGAACUUGGCGCUAGAUCGGUCACCCACAAGGAUGCGAUGGAAUCUGUCGAAGACGAUGUUGAGCAUGUCGCUAGGAAACUCGGAUUCGCCACAACUUUCUUGAACAACGAUGGCCAUUCCAUCGGCCAGCUUCAUAACGCCUCUACCCAACUUAUCAAUACAGCAACUUUGAGCACAAGGACAAUCGAUAUCCUUAGGCUUCCUAUGUCACAACGAUCUCACUACCUUUCAACACACCACACAUCAAACCCCGAGUAUUCGUUGAUGCCAUACUUUGAAGAGAAGUCCAGUGAACUAGAGAGCAAAGCAACACACUUUCUUGCGACCGUUGGUGAGGUGGAAAAGACCCUGGAGGCCGUUGAAAGAGAUGUCGGGCAGGUUAACAUGAGUGCUGAGAGUAAAGUGAGGGAGGUUGUUAAGGCAGAGAGAGUUGUAUUCUCGGGCAUGCUUGCUGUAGCCAGCAAAGUGGCCACUGUGAACGAAGAUUUGAAGACAUUGACCAGAUGA